GCGUGGCAGUGUCUGGUGGAGUUGAUAGCAUGGCUCUUUGCUAUCUUUUGAAUAAGUUUAGUAAAGAAUUUAAACAUAAAUUAACAGCUUUUAUAAUUGAUCAUAAAUUUCGACCUGAGAGUACUGAAGAAUCUUAUAAAGUUGCUAACAUAUUAUCUAAACUUGAUAUUGAUACAAAAAUUAUGCCAAUAAAUUGGGAAAUUUCUGAAGGAAAUAAUUUAUCCGAUUCUCUCACUUUUCCUACAAUUUCUCAACAAGAGACUUUCGCUCGUAUUGAAAGGUAUAAAUUAUUGGCUCGAGGUUGUCAUGAGAGAAAAAUAUCAUCACUAUUUUUAGGUCAUCAUCUUGGCGAUCAAUUAGAGACUGUUAUAAUGAGAUUAGCGAGGGGUAGUGGAAUUAAUGGAUUGACCUCAAUGGAAUAUAUUAGUCAGUUUCCAAUAAUAAGAAAUAUUGAAUCAUUAGGCAUUAAUAUAAUUAGACCAUUUUUGAGAUUGAACAAG